CCCUAAUUCGUGGCGACUCGGCAACUCAUGCCCACGCUCUUCUCAGCUGCAUUUUAUCACCUUCUUACAUUGAAUAUCUGGUUUUGAUCUUUCUCUGCCGGAUUCUGCUGCAGUGUAGCCGCUUCAGAAUUGCCUUUUGUUGCUGUUUCAAUCGAAGUCUAGCGACCAUGAGACCGCCAUUGACGAGAGGAGGAGGAGGAUUCCGAGGAGGAAGAGGCGAUGGCGGUUUCGGAGGAGGUCGUGGGGGUGGUCGCGGCUUCGGAGGAGGCCGUGGAGGCCGAGGCGGUGACCGAGGAGGGCGCGGAGGAGGACGAGGAGGCGGUCGUGGAGCUCCCAGAGGAGGCCGUGGUGGCAGAGGAGGUGGUGGAGGACGAGGCGGUGGUAUGAAGGGAGGAGCCAAGGUCAUCAUUGAGCCUCACAGACACGAGGGUGUUUUCGUUGCUAAGGCUAAGGAAGACGCGCUCGUGACGAAGAAUCUUGUGCCCGGGGAGAGCGUGUAUGGAGAGAAGAGAAUAUCUGUAGACAAUGAGGACGGAACCAAGACGGAGUACCGUGUGUGGAACCCCUUCAGGUCGAAGCUUGCUGCUGCGAUCCUGGGUGGUGUGGACAAUAUUUGGAUUAAGCCAGGCGCUCAUGUGCUGUACCUUGGUGCUGCAUCUGGAACCACCGUGUCUCAUGUUUCUGAUGUUGUCGGACCCUCCGGUAUUGUGUACGCUGUCGAAUUCUCUCACCGUAGUGGCCGUGACCUUGUGAACAUGGCCAAGAAGCGUACCAAUGUUAUCCCUAUCAUCGAAGAUGCAAGGCAUCCCAUGAAGUACCGAAUGUUGGUCGGUAUGGUGGAUGUCAUCUUUGCUGAUGUCGCGCAGCCUGACCAGGCUCGUAUUGUAGCCAUCAAUGCCCAUAACUUUCUGAAAAAUGGUGGGCAUUUCGUAAUUUCAAUCAAGGCUAACUGCAUUGACUCCACAGUACCUGCCGAGGCUGUGUUCGCCGCAGAGGUUAAAAAGUUGCAGAAGGAACAGUUCAAGCCCGCUGAGCAAGUUACACUCGAGCCAUUCGAGCGAGACCAUGCUUGUGUGGUUGGCACCUAUCGUGCACCAAAGAAAGCGAAGCCAGCUGCGGGUUCAUAGACAACAGGGUUUUCCAGUUAAGAAUCAGAGGCCUGCCGGAGUGAGCAGCUGAAACGACGCUUCGUAUAUCCUCCUGCAAUGUGGCUCUUUUUAAUGUAAAAAAGUUUGGCAUUGCUGCGUCUAGCUGGUCCAUGAGAUGUGUAAUGAGAUGCUUGGGUGCAGUCGUUGGUCUCUUUUGACUCAUGGGUUUAGGUUUAGGUUUAGGGUUUAGGUUCAAGAAUAAUGGUUGUGUUGAUAUCAGUCCAUGUACACUUUAAUGUAAGACACAACGUUUUAUCAUUGA